CACACUCCACAUUGUAUGUAAAGCAAAUGUAUACAGGACGGCAAUUCAAUCGGGAUCGGAAAACGGCAAUACGGACGGCACCUUCUUGUAUAUUUUUGCCGAAAAAUAUUAGACGAAGAAAAAUUAGUUUUAUAGUUACUUAAAAAUAUAAUUUUCACAACAAAGAUGAUUAUUAAAAACUAAAAAUCUAAAACUAAUCAUAAAUUUGGACCAAUUGGAAAAAAAGCUAAUUUUAUCAAACAACAAUGGCUGUAACUCUGCACUGCAGUCGAAUACAUAAUUCGACCACCACUGGACAUUCACAAUUAGUAAGAUCCCUCGAACGAAUUUUGGAAGAAGCCAAUCUUAGCGGAGAGCUAAUCUUAACAAAUCGCAAAUUAAAAGAUUUUCCAAAAGCCGCAACAAAAUACAAUUUGUCGGAUACUGUAAUUGCAGAUUUAUCACGAAAUAGAUUCUGCGAACUACCUGAAGAAAUUACAACAUUUGCGUUCCUCGAAACACUCCUCUUAUAUCAUAAUACCAUUCGACAUAUUCCUGAAUCAGUGAAACAUUUGAACUUACUUACUUAUUUGGAUUUACGUAGCAAUCAGCUUUCCACUCUCCCCAAAGAAUUAUGUUUUAUGCCUUUGCAAGUAUUGUUGGUAUCCAACAAUAGAUUGGUUUCAUUACCAGAUGAAUUAGGUCGUAUGGAUAAGCUGACAGAUUUAGAUGCUUCCUAUAAUCAGUUAACAGCUCUUCCGGCAAGAAUUGGUGAACUACGAAGUUUGAAAUCAUUUUCGUUACGUAACAACCAAAUACUAUAUCUUCCAAGAGAAUUGGCAUGUCUUACAUUGGUAUCUCUAGAUGUGAGUAAUAAUCGCAUAGCCAGUCUUCCGUUAGAAAUACGUCAAAUGAAUACCCUUGUAGAAUUUAAUUUGGGUAACAAUCCCCUCACAUCUCCUCCAGCUAGUCUUUGCGUUCGAGGACUUGUGCACAUAUUUAAAUUCCUCGAAACCCAAGCGACAAAAGAUGAAAAAGGAUGUCGAGCAGGUGGAAAUUACGAUGGUUAUACAACAUUAAGAAGAGCACCAAAACAAAAUGUCAGUAUAUUUGACUCGACUAGAAACCCAAGAUACCAAGUCGAUUCGGGAUAUAGUACCUGCGAUGGAAUGGAUAAACGCUGGUCCCAUGACCUACCAAAUAAAAACUCCAAAAUUGAUUUACUAUCGCCAAGAAAAAUACUACCUCCUUCCGUUGUGGAUAACUUUGUUUUAGAUGCAGACACAAGUAGCGAUGACAUUACAUUUAAACCAGUUGCAUCUUCAGAAGAACAAUUGAUCAAAGACCAGCAAAACUUGGAAGCAAGUUUUUCCCCAGACAACCAACUCAAUGACGAUGUUAUAAUUUAUUCUCAGACAAGUUCCACGAGCAGUGGAUCCACCCCAGAGGAUGACAUGCUUGGAGAAAACCAUCCGUAUACGGAGAAAAAUAAUAAACAUCUUGGAAAUAUCCAAACAUAUCGAGAGUACAAAGAAGCACUCAAACAACAACGUAAUCAAGAGAUUUCAAGUGUUUAUAAAGCUAAAUCCAAAUGUCGAUAUGAAGGAAAUGAAGACAACGAUUCUAAUUCCUAUGAUGAACAAGAUUCUCGAAGCAAGGAAGAAAAACUAAAAAGUGUGAACAGUUAUACUGACACAAGCACAACAGAGGAACAACCAGUUUGUACACCAAAGAAGCCUGUCCAAAAAGUGAUUCCAUCAAGGAAUACAGAACUGAUGUCUGCAGUAUUUCAAAAUAAGUUAAAAGAUAAAACAUCUAGUCCACAUGCAAACGGUGAAUGUUUAGGAUAUGUUAAACCAAGUAGUCCCAUAAAAGUACUAGGAAAUGGUGAUAUUGCAAUUAAUAAUAAUUCUAAUCCGGCGAAUGGAGUUGUGCGAAAUAAAUUUGUUCCGGGGAUGGUAACCAAACAACAAAAGUUCGUAUCACAAAACAAAGCAAAUAGGUCGGUUACAUGGAAUCAAGAUGUUCCCACUGAUAAAUUAAGCUUUACUAUGCGAAGAGAGUUUGAUAGACAACGGGAAGAAACGGAGUUGAUGACUCAGCUUAGAAACAUUAUCCAAGUCCGUCUCAAAACGAUUUUACCUGAAGAUAUGGCAUCUGCUCUGACAGAUGGUGUCAUUCUUUGUCACUUAGCGAACUAUGUUCGGCCAAGGUCUGUGGCUAGCAUACAUGUGCCAUCACCCGGCGUUUCUAAACUAACUAUGGCUCGAUGUCGCAGAAACGUUGAUAAUUUUUUAGAUGCCUGUCGUAAAAUUGGCGUUGAUGAGGAGUUGAUAUGCUCUUGUGAAGAUGUUGUCUCGCCCCAAGAUGAAAAUUACUCACAGAAUGAUGAUUUACAACCGCCGGUGCUGCCUAAUCCAUCUGCUGUUUUCAAAACAGUAUCAGCUCUUCUUUCUUUUGAUGCAAAUUUCCGGAAUUAUCAUCAACAAUCACAGCAAGAAGAUCAUCAAUUUCAAGAACAGCAUCAUCAAUCAAUUGAAGAAGAACAUCAAUCAUCGCCUGCAACCAACAUGCAAUUGACAGAAAAUUGGGAAAACAAAGUGAAUUCCAUGCGUGAGAUGACCACAUCGAAGGAUCAAUUAGGAUACGAAGAAGAAGUUGUUACAAAAAGCAGUCAGCUGGGAAAGUUUCUUCGACAUGCUAAAAUAAAAACUUUCCAAAAGAUUAAAUUAAAUUUAACAAAUAAUAACUGUAACAUAAAAGUUAAUGGCAGCGGUGGUAAAGAAAGCCAAUUACAAACUAUAGAAGAAACUGAUGCUGAUAGUUAUCAAAUUGUCAAUGAGAAGCUACCACUUGUCCUCAAAGUUAAUGAUCUUAACACAGUCAAAUUUAAACUACUCGAAAUUAAUCCCAAAAAUAACAAUGAAAUUAUUGGAGAAACCCAGAACGUUGUUUCACAUUGCCUUAAUGCUGCUAUCAGUGAUAAAAGCAAUACCCCUAAGAUGAUUACAAAAAGAAUAGAGUUCUUUGAAGACCAAGCUGUUUCGCGAAGCAGUCCGGUUGAUGAGGCCAAUACCACAUCAAAAAGCAUUUAUAGCAUUUACCAAACAAACAAUGAAGAUAACUUUAACAUUAAAAAGGAAGAUCAAGUAUUAAAUCACGACUUUAAUAUCCUUACUGUUGUUUUAUCGUUUGUCUUCAUUGCAACAUUUGUUCUUCUAGUGAUAUUUCCACUUCCAGAUUAAUAUUUAUUUAUAGCCUUAUAAAAUGAAGUUAGUUAGAGGAAAAAGCAUAAAAGUAUUCGUAAUAUAUUUCAAAACGUAAAUUUCUAAGAAAGAGAAACAGAAGACACAAUAUUAACGAAGUAUUUAUAGUUUUAUAUUCUACAUAGAUUUUUAGUGAUCAUUAAUCAAUUCAAAGACAGAGAGUUAAUUGUUGGUCGUUUAUUCAAAAACAAAAUCGAACCAAUUUAACGAAGGUUUUUUGAAUGACAAAUAAUUUAAUUUUAUAAAUAGAGCUUAUUUGGGUAUGUUAUUAUACACCUCUGCUGUAAACUAUGAUUUUAUUCCUAAUACAUUAGAAUUUAAUUAAAAUAUAUGUAUUUAAUCAGUUUGAGAAUAUUUAUCUAGAUAUUGGAGUCUGAAUUUUGCUAACCAAUUAAAAAAAAAACGGCAACGUAAACAAAUAUAGUAAAGUGAAAUAAUUUUAUAACAUUUAGGUAAAGCUAGGUGCGAAUAAGCUUUAUUUCACAUUCGAACAAAUCUAAAUUUUAAUUAAUCUGUGUAAAAGCACAAAAAGAAAACUAUCUGCAUUUAAAACAUCGAUGAUGAGCGCCUAGCAUAAUUUUUUAUUUUUAACAUUAACCUUUUCAUUAUCAUUUAUCAACACACAUAGCUUUUAUUGUUAACUGGUUUCUAAAGCUUUUUGUUUUUUAUUUUUUUAGUUUGUAUUUAUUGUUUAUUUAUGAAGUUUAAUAUAUUUAUUUUGAAAAAUUAACACACAUAAUUAAUAUAUAUUACAUUUUUGUGUAUCAUUAUUCGCGUUUUUAAUUCAGGCUAACAUAGAUAUAGAUUUUUAUUUUUGAGUAAUCUAUUGUCUUAAGAAAAUAUGAAAGUGAGCUUAAAAAUUUGUCUGAACUUAUGCAUUUAUAUUUAUAUUAUUAUAAAAGAAACACGAGUGUUUUGUGAAAAAAA